CAGAUCACUUCAAGAAAACCCAGAAACUCCCAGAGACCUAUUUCAAUGGCGUCCAUUAUCACCACCGCCGGUUUGGCUCUUCCCGGCUACACCAAAUCUUCAGUCCCCGGUUCGAGUCUUGGAAGCACAAGAGCCACAACUUUCGGAACUCACCGCGUCGCCUACUCUUCCGGCGUUGAUUUCGGCCGGAGGACGAAGACGGUGGUGAGGGCGGAGGUUCAGCCGCUUAACCCGGAGAUUAGAAAGAGUGAGGCCAAGGUUGUGGACUCUGUUGUGGUCACUGAGCUUGCUAAGCCCCUUACUGCUUAUUGCAGGUGUUGGAGGUCAGGGACUUUUCCGUUGUGCGAUGGAAGCCAUGUGAAGCACAAUAAAGCUGCCGGUGACAAUGUCGGGCCGUUGCUCUUGAAGAAGGAGUAAAGCUUUUGAAAUAAGUAUGGUAUUUCGGAUAUUAAACUGCAAGUUGACAUCUAUUAGAGGCACUGUGUUAGAAGAGGUAUUCGAUUUGAAAACCUAUUCGAGGCUCAUCUACUACAUUAGAUGAAUAUGAUCAAUAUAUGCAUCAUGUGAAAUAUGUUAAGUAUUUGUUCUUGGAUCCGGCUCCUCUAAAGUGAGCUAAUGGUGAAUUUAGUAAAGUUCAUAAAUCCAGGCCUUUCAACUUUUAAUGGUCAAGAUAUUGCCACAUCAUCGAUACAAACUUUUAAG